UGAAUAUUCAUAAGCACCGUAGCGCUCCACGCCUCGCCCACCCACUGUCGGUUACUGGAUGAAUGUUAUCUUUCCGCGACUUUAUCGUCAGUUAUCGUUUUCAUUGGACUUUGUCAGCCGUUUCCGCGUUUAAGGGACACCAAGGUCACAUUUUAUCCGGUGACGCUGCACGCGAAGUGUUUGAUUGACGUACGGAGGCCCCGCCCUGGCUUUAAACCCACCUGCGCUACUCAGCUGAACCGCACAAUCCCUCAGGGCUUUAAGUCCGGUUUAUCAUUUGGUUAAACCACCUGUUCUAUCUGGACCAUCCAGCCCAAGUAUAACCAGCUUACAUCAUCUUGUUUGCAAGCUCCCCGGGUCAACGUUUCCGAAAGACGGAUCUCUACCGCAAAGAUGAUGCAAAUACUUGAUUCUCACAACCAAAAGAACUCCCUCUUCAACGCCAUGAACCGGUUUAUUGGUGCCGUGAACAACAUGGACCAGACGGUGAUGGUGCCAAGUUUGUUGAGGGACGUCCUGUUGGAGCAGGAGGACGAGAAGGAGAUGAAUUCUUUCCACAACGGAGACAUGUACGGCUCAUACGUUCUCCUCAAAUCGAUCAGGACCGACAUCGAAUGGGGCGUGCUGCAAGCCGACGAAAGACGCAAGGAUAAGCACGGCGCGACGACGGCGACCCUGGACGUGGCGCGCGUCGAGCCGGACGACGAGAACUUGGAGAAGUUGUUUCGUUUUCACCUAAGCGGAUUGCACACGGUACUGGCGAAGCUCACCCGAAAAGCGAACACUUUGACGAAUAGGUACAAGCAGGAAAUCGGCAUCGGAGGAUGCGGGAAUUGAAACGAUGUUUAAAGCGCACGCGCACGAGAGGGUGCGCGCCGGGAUCGCAGCCAAAACCCCGUUGACUUCUACUCAUCUUUCCCAUCUCUCUGGACGGGAAAAUAAUGACUUGUAGUGCACGCGAUGCCGGUUUACAAGCACCCUCGAUGUCCCCGAUAUUGGUUGCACAAUCUGGAUAUUAUUGCCUUGUAGACUUGUCAAAUUAAAACGCGGCUUUAUUUAAGAAUACACGUAAGCAAGCACUGUAAAGUAUAGCAAGCAUUUUACAUGAAGGUCCCUUAGUAUCUUUACAUUACAAUGAGAUUGUAACGCAUCAAUGUAAAAUCUCUUAUCGUGUAUUUUGAAAGCACAUUAUUGCGCCAAAGUUUCGGAAAUUCAAUGAGAUGGUGCAGGGUGACGUCAUAAUUAAUGAAAUGGAAUCGCAUGAAGCUUCUGUUUGUCUAUAUAGAAUGUUGACGGAUUCCAGGAGAUUGCGUCACAUCCGGUAGUCUAACCCAAAACAUUGCGCUCUGUCGUGUAUUUUUUCUAACAUGGGUCAAGAAAAUAAACGUUUUGGUAAUAUGUGUCAAAAUCGUUGAUUCGGACUGUGUGAUGCUUAACUGUAUCUAUUAUCUCCCCUUUAAACCUUUAAUAAAGUUGAAAUGGUUUAUAGCG